AAAUGGAGUGCCGCCAUGCUGUUAGUUUGCUCGUGUUCGUGCUGCUGCUCCGGUGGCCGGCGUUGAGCUCUGCGGGGGCGCCGGUGUCAAGGACCAUCACCGUGGACCGUAACGGGCGAGGGGAUUUCAGGAGGAUUCAGUCGGCGGUGAACCUCGUCCCAGACGGCAACCGCGAGUGGGUCAGGAUCCAUGUCCGGGCAGGGGGCUACAGGGAAAAUGUGACCAUUCCAAGGGAGAAAGGCUACAUCUUGCUGGAAGGGGACGGCUCCUGGAACACGGACAUCUACUUCGACAACUACGCCCACGGCAGCAUCGACGACCUGAUGCGAAGCGGCGCCGACGCCAUUGGGACGUACGACAGCGCCACCUUCAAAGUCUACGCCGACAACUUCGUUGCCCGGGACAUCUCCUUCACCAACACACACAACACCGGCAACAAGACCAACGCGAUCCAGGCGCUGGCCGCGCUCGUCAACGGUGACCGGAUCUCCUUCCACCGCUGCGCCUUCCGCGGCUUCCAGGACACGCUCUGUGACAACACCGGCCGGCAUUACUUUCAUGAAUGCUUCAUCAAGGGCGGCAUCGACUUCAUCUUCGGCUACGCCCAGUCCAUCUACGAAGGCUGCACCCUCGUGUCCAACAUACCCUUGUGGUACGGCCGACAUGCCGGGUGGGUGACGGCGCACGCCAGGCUCCACGCCGGCGACCCCGGUGGUUUUGUGUUCAAGGGCGGCGAGGUCAGAGGCACCGGGCGCCUGCAUCUCGGACGCGCGUGGAACAAAUACGCAACCGUCGUCUACUACCACGUGAACAUGUCCAGCGUCGUCGUGCCGCAGGGGUGGGCUCCGUGGUAUGCCGGCCGCGAGACUAACGACGUCUUGUUCACAGAGGUUGGGUGCAUCGGGCCGGGGUCAAACAUGGCCGGGAGAGUGCCGUGGGAGAAGCAUCUGACCGAGGCGGAGGUGGGGAAGUUCGUGGAUAUGAGCUUCAUCGACGACGGUUGGCUAAGCGAGCAGCCAUAG